CCGACAGGGGCACAAGUCUGGGGACACUGGUGUCCCUGCCCCAGGUCUUUUCAGCCCCGCCGGCCACACAGCUCUGAUCUCCUCCCUCGGGUCUCCCACCUCCACGAUGAUGGCCGAAGAGCACACAGACCUGGAGGCCCAGAUCGUCAAGGACAUUCACUUCAAGGAGAUCGACCUGGUGAACCGGGACCCCAAGAACAUUAACGAGGACAUAGUGAAGGUGGAUUUCGAAGACGUGAUCGCGGAGCCCGUGGGCACCUACAGCUUCGACGGCGUGUGGAAGGUGAGCUAUACCACCUUCACCGUCUCCAAGUACUGGUGCUACCGCCUGCUGUCCACGCUGCUGGGCGUCCCACUGGCCCUGCUCUGGGGCUUCCUGUUCGCCUGCAUCUCCUUCUGCCACAUCUGGGCGGUGGUGCCCUGCAUCAAGAGCUACCUGAUCGAGAUCCAGUGCAUCAGCCACAUCUACUCGCUCUGCAUCCGCACCUUCUGCAACCCGCUCUUCGCCGCCCUGGGCCAGGUCUGCAGCAACAUCAAGGUGAUGCUGCGGAAAGAAGUGUGAGGCCAGGUGGGCGAAAGGGAUGGCGGGGCAGGGGAGCUCUUUCUGAGGACUGCUGUUCCCCCCGAGACGGGUGCACACAGAAUAGGGAAGCCAGAGAGAAAAGACAGUCCACCACGGAAGCGGAAGCGCAGUGGCCUUCCCUCUGCCCCCUGCCCCACCACGAUGCCCCCGUGCCUGGGCGCCAGGGAAGACCCUUUGCUAAGAGGCAGCUACCACAAAUCUCUGCAUUCACUUGUACUGUAACGGCCCUCAGCUCCCACUCGGGAUGCACCCCCGCCCCCCAGGAAA